AUGGAGAGUGUAUGUCCAGGAGUGGCUGAAGGCAUUCCUGAAGUCGCCGUCCUCCUGGAGCAAGCCGUGGCCGCGGGCGGAGGAGCAGCGGCCGGGGAGCGAGGACCGAGCCUCGAACCUUAUGAGCCCUUAGCAGUACCAGAACAUAUCUGCACUCAGGCCAGUGAAGGUUUACUGGCCAGCGUGGGUGGUGUGGAGGGCGCGGACGCGGCGGCCCGGGCAGGCCUGCUGCUGCUGCUGGCGGCUCCCGUGCCCCUCCCCUCCCCGGCGCUGACCGUCCCCUCCACGCAGCCCGACCAUCCCUUGUCAGCAGCUCUUGAAUUUUAUCCUCGAUAUGAUGUUCUCGCAGAGAUGUUGUCUUUAUGUUUUGCUCAAACGGUAUAUUCUUUACGAAAGGCCUGCGCAGCUCUAUGUGAAGCUAAAGGUUGGAAGCACGCCGUGUUACUGCACGACGGUAGCGGCAGCGCGGCGCCGCUCAUCGUGCCGGACCACGACACCCUCGCGCUCCGAGUCCGCCAGCUGCCCUCCAGAGAGGACGACGACGCCUUGAGGAAUCUUCUCCUCGUGCUGAAGAAGUUCGGUGCUGUAAACUUUAUCGUGUGGUGCUCGGCGGAGUGCUCGGUGCGAGUGUUGGACGCGGCCCAGCGUGUGGGGCUGCUCUCCGAGCGACACUCGUAUGUGAUGCUCUCGCUGGACCUGCAUACUCUGCCGCUCGAAGACUUCAGCUACGGUGGAGCCAACAUCACCUCGCUGCGUUUAUUUGACCCUGAAUCUUCUGCAGUGAAUACGUCUAUGGAAAAAUGGCAGCAACAAUAUCUAAAUCUUCUAGGAAACGAAGCGAACGAAGAAAUUGAUGAGGUCAUUUCGAAUCCUCCGACUUCAUUACUUUUAUCAUACGAUGCUGCAAAAAUAGUAUCCGAAGGUCUGGAGUACCUCGACCUCCCGUUUAUGGAAGACUCUCCGUCCUGCGAGCAAGGCACCGCCGCCUUCCACGCCGACACACUCCUGAACUAUUUACGAUCGGAAGAAACCACUGGCGCAACCGGACCUCUCUGGUGGGAGGCGACGGGAGCCCGCGGCGGUGUUCGUCUCCACGUGGCGGAGCUGGAGCGAGGCGGCGCGCUGAGGGCCGCGGGCGAGUGGUCGCGGACCGGGGGCCUGACGUGGCGCCCGCGACCUCCCGCGCCGCCGCCGCCGCCCGACGUCAUGACCAACCGCACCUUCACCGUGCUCAUCGCUCAGAAUCAGCCGUACGUCAUGAGACAGCAGUCCCCCGAACGACUCUCAGGCAAUGCGCGUUAUGAAGGUUUUUGUAUAGAGCUGGUGGACCGCUUGGCUCAGCUGUUGCACUUCAACUACACGUUCAUAGAGCAAGCGGAUCGCGCCUACGGCUCCCUCAACAAAACUACCAAGCAAUGGAACGGAAUGAUGAGACGCCUCAUGGAUGAUAAAAAUAUAGACUUCGCUAUAACGGAUCUCACUAUAACGGCUGAGCGAGAGGAGAUCGUCGACUUCACGACGCCCUUCAUGACACUAGGUAUCAGCAUCCUGUUCCACAAACCUCAGCCUCCCGCACCGGAGCUACUGGCCUUCCUGUUGCCCUUCUCUAACGGGGUUUGGAUGUGCCUGGGGCUGGCGUACGUGGGCACGUCCUUGGUGCUGUACGUAGUGGGUCGCCUGUGCCCCGAGGAGUGGCAGAACCCCUACCCCUGUAUCGAGGAGCCAUCUGCGCUCGAGAAUCAAUUCACUUUAGCUAAUGCUCUGUGGUUUAACCUGGGAGCUGUACUUCAACAAGGUUCUGAAAUCGCACCGAUUGCUUACGGUACUCGUGCAGUGGCCAGUAUCUGGUGGAUGUUCGCGCUGGUGAUCACGAGCUCCUACACGGCCAACCUGGCCACGCUGCUGGCCUCCAAGACCUCCACCGAGCUCAUCCGGAACGUGCGCGAGCUCGCCGAAAACGACCAGGGCAUCACCUACGGAGCGAAGUCCAGUGGCUCCACUUACACUUUCUUUGAAAUGUCAAGCAGCGAACCAUACAAAAGCAUGUUCCAAAAAAUGAAAGAAGACCAAAUGCCUAUAAGUAACGAGGAAGGAAUAGAUAAAGUAAUGAAAGAAAAGUACGCGUUUUUCGCGGAGUCCACGACCAUCGACUACACGACGGAACGUAACUGUGAAGUCACAAGAGUGGGAGAUCUCUUAGAUAGUAAAGGAUAUGGCAUAGCAAUGAAAAAGAACUCGCCGUACCGACAGGCGUUGAAUCUGGCUCUGCUGAACCUGCAAGAGGCGGGGAUUCUUAGGGAGAUGAAACAUCGCUGGUGGAAAGAAAUGCACGGGGGCGGCGCCUGUCAGGACAAGGAGGACCACGCGACCGAGAGACUAACAAUCGACAACUUUAAGGGUUUGAUCCUCGUGUUGACGGUGGGCUGCGCGCUGGGUAUAGUCAUGUCCUGCUGUGACCUGGCGUGGGGCGCCUGGCGUCGUCCGCGCGACCCGACGCGCUCCUUCGCCGCCAGCUUCUGGUCCGAGCUGCGCUUCGUGUUCCGCUUCGAACAAUCAGAGAAGCCAGUCCGCGGCGCCCUCACCCCCCCUCCCAGCUCCCACGAGUCGCCUCCUUCGGCACACUCGGAACGCUCGGAGUUGACAACGGGGAGUAGAGGCGACGGGAGGGGGAGGGAGGAGGACGACAACCACGGGGAAGACGAUGUCGGCUCACGCUUCUCAGCACGCUCGCGACGGACCAGCGCCCGGCGGUGUUCCAUGCACGCCGCCAGCUUGAGACUAGCGAGACACACCACGCCCCGGCGAUGA